AUGGACAGCACCGGUGCGUCUCUCACACCAUCAAGUGCAAGUCAGGAGAGCCUCGUGCAAGGACCAGGCACUUCAGGAAACAGCGCAAGGAUUGGUACUGCCUCCACACAAACGGGAAAGCACGAAGAUAUCAACGGUGUCUACGGCCACGUAAACCACGGCAUGAAAACAUCAGGGGAACGAAGCCACAAGUGCGAAAUAUGCGGUAAUUUAUUUAAACAGAAGCAGCAUCUCGCGACACAUCGCCGUGUGCAUACGGGCGACAAGCCUUAUCAUUGCGGCAUAUGUGGUAAAUCAUUUGUACAGAAAGGUCAUCUCAACGUACAUCGCCGCACUCACACAGGCGAGAAGCCCUACCAUUGCAGCAUAUGUGGUAAAUCAUUUUCAGCAUCGGGAAAUCUCGCUGUACAUCGCCGCACUCACACAGGCGAGAAGCCCUUCAAGUGCACGACAUGCACAAAGUCCUUCGCACAUCAAGGGCAUCUUCGUGUACAUGAACGUACUCAUACGGGCGAGAGGCCUUAUAAAUGCAAGAUGUGUGAGUAUUCAUCAACCACAUCGUCAGAUCUUAAAAGGCAUCAACGCACGCACAGAAACAAGAAGACGUGUACCACCACUUUGGUUCCCUUUAGCAGUAUUCCGUUGACCACAGUAAGCUCUGCUGUGAAGGACUUUAGCUACUGGAGAAUGAAGAUGAAUUACAAUCCGGAUGCACCGCUUGCUGGAUUCCGAUGGGCAACACCGGUGCGUCUCUCUCACAGCCGAGUGCAAGCCAGGAGAGCGUGGUGCAAGAACCAGGCAUUCCAGGAAACAACGCAAGAUGUGUACGAUAACGGAAGCGCUGGUGUUCAGUCUCCGACCUCCAUCAGAAGAGACUGGGAUACAGUGGCCGAUAAAAGCCGCGCAGCCAUCGUGCAGCCGUCAGCCACACCGGAAAACAACUCGAGGAUUGGUACUGGCUCCACACAAACGGCAAAGCACAAAGAUAUCAGCGGCGUCUACAGCCACGUCAACCACGGCAUCAAAACAUCAGGGGAACGAAGCCACAAGUGGGAAACAUGCCGCAAUUCAUUUAAAAGGAAGGGUCAUCUCGCGACACAUGGCCGCGCGCAUGGAGGCCAGACGCCCUGUCAUUGCAGCAUAUGUGGUAAAUCAUUUGUACGGAAGGCUCAUCUCGAUAUACAUCGCCGCACUCACACAGGCGAGAAGCCCUAUCAUUGCGACAUAUGUGAUCAAUCAUUUUCAACAAAGGGUAAUCUCGAUGCACAUCGCCGCACUCACACAGGCGAGAGGCCUUAUCAUUGCGACAUAUGUGAUAAAUCAUUUUCAAUAAAGUCUAAUCUCAAUGUACAUCAACGCACGCAUAGAGGCGAGAAGCCCUUCAAGUGCACGGUAUGCACAAAGUCCUUCACACAGCAAGGAAAUCUUCGUGUACAUGAACGUACUCAUACGGGCGAGAGGCCUUAUAAAUGCAAGAUGUGUGAGCAUUCAUCAACCACAUCGUCACAUCUUAAAAAGCAUCAACGAACACACAGAAACAAGAAGCCUUGAGCCUGCCGAA